AUGGUCAUGUGGCCAGUGCAUUGGACCAGGGAGAAAAACUACAUGUUCAAGCUCUCCAAGUUCCAGGAGCUGUUGCAACGAUGGCUGCACGAGAAUAAGGACGCCAUCAGUCCCGAGCCCUACUACCAGCAAGUCCUCCAAUGGCUGGAAGGGGAUCUCCCGGAUCUCUCUGUAUCCCGUGACCGAGACCGGCUGCAUUGGGGCAUCCCUGUCCCUGGGGAUUCGACCCAAACCAUCUACGUCUGGGUGGAUGCCCUGGUCAACUACUUGACAGUUGUAGGUUACCCCGAGAAGCAUGGGACCUGGUGGCCCACUGUUUGCCACAUUGUGGGCAAAGACAUUCUCAAGUUCCAUGCCAUCUAUUGGCCUGCUUUGCUGAUGGCUGCCGGCCUGGAGCCCCCCUUGAGGAUUUGGGUCCAUUCUCAUUGGACGGUGCAAGGACAGAAGAUGUCCAAGAGCCUGGGAAAUGUGGUUGACCCUAAGGAGUGCUUCCGGAACUACACGGUGGAUGGUUUUCGGUACUUCCUGCUGAGGCAGGGUGUCCCGGAACGGGAUUGCGAUUAUUAUGACGAGAAGGUGAUUAAGCUUCUCAACUCGGAGCUGGCCGACGCCUUAGGGGGCCUCCUAAACCGGUGCACGGCUUCUGCCCUGAAUCCCGGAGGGACUUACCCCACCUUCUCUGAGACCUGCUUCCCAAGGGACGUGGAGAUUCAAAACGGAUCUGGCAAGGCCUUAGCGGAGGACUACGAGCUGGUGUCAUUGGUCGAGAGCCUGCCUAUGAAAGUGAGCGCCUCUUUUGACCGCUUCCAGAUCUACAAGGCUCUGGAAUCCGUCAUAGAGUGCGUGAGGCAGACCAAUGGCUUCGUCCAGAGGCACAGGCCGUGGAAGCUGCACCCAGAGAACCCCGCAGAGCGACAGUGGCUGGAGACCAUUCUCCACGUGGCUCUGGAAUGUCUUCGGGUGUAUGGGCUUCUCCUGCAACCGGUAAUCCCAGCCAUGGCUGACAAGCUUCUCUCGCGGUUGGGCGUUUCUUCUACAGAAAGAUCUCUGAAAGACUUGGAGUUUUUCCCUCGCUUUCAUGGCAGAAGGUGCCCAUUUGAAGGCCGGAAGCUCGGGCCGGAUACUGGCCUCCUGUUUCCCAGGCUGAGAAAAAUAUGAAGCCAGCAAAUAGAAUAGAAUACUUCAUCGGACAGGAAAGGAAUUUGUCUCCUGUGCAAAUUUUUAGGGUUUUUUUUUUUAAAGAGAAGAACUCAGACUUUUGAGAAGGUGCAGUCAGGGUGAACUAAAAUAAAGUGGGGGGAAAGGCUUUAUAAGAUAUGCAGCUAACUCAGAUUUCAGAGUUGUUAUUUUUAGCUUUAUGCGGACUCCUUGUGGAGUUACAUUUUUUAAUCUUCCGGUGCAGGGGUAUCAAACUUUCAUUGAGGGCC